AUGCCCUCAGCAAAUAGAAAUGGCGCUGAUGUGGCUGUUUCAUCCAGGUUUCUCUCCACAAAAAGGGGAGACCAAAAUAGUUCUCAGGAAAAGGAAUUUUGUCAUAAGGUCUUUUAUUGGGUGCUGGUUCUUAACUCUGGACUUCUCUACAAGUUUUGUCAAACUAUCAAAUGCAGAGCAAAUUGGAGGCCUGCCAGAGCACCCAGAGGGUGGAAUGAAGCAACAGAGAGGCAUCAGGAAAGGAGAACACAGAGGGAGACAGAGAUGGGAGGCAUAAGCACCACCUACUGGCACAGGCUGUGCACUUGCACGGAUAGGAGAGCUGAAAAGUUGGUCAUGGAUGGAAAUAACUGCUGGUUUCACAAAUGAGGAGGCAGAAAAUUCCACUUAAUUUCACUAUUACAAUGCUCAGCAGAAAAAAAAAAACAACUUGGAUUACUGAGCUACAGAACACCCAGACUCAUAGCACUGGGACUUCCAGUUCUUACCUUACGAGUGGGUCACAACCCUGACAAAGGGGACAAUAUCCAUUAGCCAUUAUCUUGCUGCGUAUGAAUAACCCUCUCUCACAAAAAUAAAGAUAAAUAUGUUCUGAAAUAAUUGAUAAAAUUAAAUUGACUUUCCAGCCACUCAC